ACUUAGCUACUUCAAGGCUGGCUUGUUUGUCGAAUUGGGAAAACGAGUGGAUUAUUUAGUUUUUUUUUUAAAACAAUGAAUGUUUCAUAAUGUAGUAGUUAGGAACUACAACAUUCACGUUAUUCAGGCAGACUGCUGUCCGCGUGUCUGAAGACUCAUGGCUGGUCCGCGGAGAGGGAAGGAGGCUGCCGGCUGCCUGCUGCUGCUCCUCGCUGUGCUCACCUGCAGCCUCAGGUGUGGAGAAAGCCUCAAAAGCAGCAAUAUUGUCCUCAUCCUCACCGACGACCUGGACGUGGACCUUGGUGGGCUGACGCCUUUGAAGAAGACCAAAGCUCUCGUUGGUGAUGCUGGUGUCACUUUCUCUAAUGCGUACACAGCGACGCCCCUGUGCUGUCCCAGUCGGAGCAGCAUCCUCUCAGGGAAAUAUCCACACAACCACAUGGUCCGAAACAACUCCCUGUCUGGCAACUGCAGCAGCAAAGCCUGGCAGUCUGGGCCUGAGAACCAAGCCUUCCCCAUCUACCUCAGCAAGAAACUUUAUCAGACCUUCUAUGGAGGGAAGUACCUAAAUCAGUAUGGGUCGAAGGAGGCUGGAGGUGUGACAUACGUUCCUCCUGGCUGGGACCAAUGGCACGCCCUGGUGGGGAACUCCCAGUACUACAACUAUACCCUCUCUGUCAAUGGAAAAGCAGAGGUUCAUGGAGACAACUAUGAAAAGGACUACCUCACAGACCUUAUUCUGAACAGGUCACUGGCCUUUCUGGACGAGCGAAGCCCCCAGCAUCCCUUCUUUAUAAUGCUUUCUCCUCCGGCCCCUCACUCCCCCUGGACUGCAGCCCCUCAGUACCAGAAGAGCUUUGGUGAUGUAAAGGCUCCACGUGACGGCAGCUUUAACAAACCUGGCAAGGACAAGCAUUGGCUGCUGCGUCAGCCUCCGAACCCUAUGGUAAACAGCUCCAUCGACUAUCUCGACAACGCUUUCCGUAAAAGGUGGCAGACUCUUCUGUCUGUGGAUGACAUGGUGGAGAGGCUGGUGAAGAAACUGGAAGACGUAAAAGAGCUGAACAACACCUAUAUUUUUUUUACAUCUGACAAUGGCUACCACACAGGUCAGUUCUCCCUUCCCAUCGACAAAAGGCAGCUGUAUGAGUUUGACAUCCGUGUACCGCUUUUGGUCAGAGGGCCCGGCAUCCAGCCCAAACAAACUCUCCAGAACCCAGUGAUGAAUAUUGACCUGCCAAUGACCAUAUUGGACAUUGCCGGAGUCAACGUCUCUACCUUGAAUAUGGAUGGGCAGUCUUUUCUACCACAGCUUGUCCCAUCAGCACGUAACGGCACUUCCCGUCCUUACUUUUUGGUUGAGUACACUGGUGAGGGUCACUUGCCUACAGAUCCUUACUGCCCCAAACUUGGCCCAGGAUUGGCUAAUUGCUUCCCGGACUGCGUUUGUGAGGAUGCUUUUAACAAUACAUACGCCUGCGUUAGAACCUUCAAGGACUACAAUUUGCAGUAUUGUGAAUUUGCUGACAAUGAGGCGUUUGUGGAGGUCUACAACUUGACAGCAGACCCUUACCAGCUGGAGAAUAUUGUGAAGAAGGUGGACCCUGCUCUCCUGCAGACCAUGAACCAAAGGCUCAUCAAGCUUCAGUCUUGUGAGGGAAAGAGUUGUCGAGACCUCAAGAAGUAAUGUCUAUAAAACAGUGUGCAGUGCAGGAACUCCCAAACUUGUUGAAACUGUUCAAGCCAAAGUGUGAGAGUCUCUCAUGUUAAACUGACUCCAGUAUGCAUUUCUUAAACAACUUUAUCACCUUCAGUGGACACAUUUUAUAAAUCACAACACAGAAACUGGCCAAGAUGUGUUUACAACCAGCCUUUGCUGCUACACUUCUUCAAAUAGAUUUACUUGUGACUUUUAGGAAACUUUGGCCAUUUAUUACUCAUGCUGUACUUGAACGGAGUCAAUGACUACAUAAUAGAGUACUUUAAAACUACUAACAUGAUGACACAUGUAGUCAGAGACAUUAUAUAUACUUAAGAUGACCCUUUCCAGUUUUCUGCAUAUUAUUUACUAAAAAUGAUUUUACAGUUAAAUUUCAGGUCCAGUAGGGAGGAUUGUAAGAGGUCUAAAUUGUUUGCUAGGUUCAUCAUAAAAUGAGUUGAAUUGCCCUCAAAUAAUUCCCUCAAAGAGAACGUUCAGCUUGAAGUUUAGGACUUAACAUUAACAAUUAACAUUAGUCUGAUGAAGAUAUGAUAACAAUAGCAGAUAAUUCACUUCAUUCAUUCAUCUGCUCAGGAAAGGAGUCUGAGCCAUGUUACAUGUCAUUCCGGGUGGUUUUAAAUGCUCCAUUCUGCAGAAACGUAGUAAAAAUUUAUUUUUAAAAAUGCAUUUCUGCCCUGAUUUUUCAGUAUUUUAGCAUUCCAUUAAAUUAAACAUAAAAACACUGAAGUGAAGUUUCAGUGGUCAUUGUGGAUAAUCAAUAAAAUGGCUAUACCUGUGUUGUAGACAUUGUGACCCCUGGUUCCUAUCAGCACCACUGUAAAGAAGUUUCACAUCAAAGCACUCUGAAUGACCGUGUUUACAUCUCAGCAAUUUAAUUAAUUUAACAAUCAAAUAUUUUUGUUUUUUUUUUUUCGGAGGAAAUAAUCUUCAUACAAAAGAAAAUAUGAAUUUCUCUGCCCCAGUUUCUUUUUCCUCAAUCAUGACUACAUGCAAUAGUCCCAGUCCUGAACUUCUGAGUUCAUGUCAAAAAGAAAUCACUCCCUCGAAUGUGAAUGUAUCUGUAGCGUAAGUGAGGAGAUGUGUAAUGUCAGUUGUUGUGCACUUCUUCACUGCUAUUUCAUGGCAGUUGGUGAACUUGAGAUUUUGAACAGCUCCAUAUGAGGGCUUACAACUUGGAUUUACUUUAUUAAGAGCACUUUUAUACUCGAUGAAUGAAUACAACUACAUCGCACCUAUUCAAAUCAGCUGUGAAAUGGUUGAGAGCCUAAGUUUUAACGCAACUAGUCAUCAGUUGACUGUCACAUGAAACCGUUUAUUACAUUUAUAUUAUCAGAUCCAUCUUGUUCUUCUCUGCUUUGUUAGUGUAUUUGUCAUUCUGGUAUUUGCAUCUGAUAAUCCAGUACAAAUAUUCAAGGAGACACUCCAGUGUCUUAACAGGCUUUUCAUUUGUAUUUAUGUAAAUGGAAUUGUUUUUCAUUUUUGUCUUCAUUUUUGUUUUUGAGGGGAAUAUUGGAUGUUUAAGGGAAACGGUCGCCUUCAGCCAAAGAUUUAGUUUAUGAUGAUGUAAUUAUGUGCCUUGUCUUUUGCACUGAAACAGUGAGUGUGCCUUUGCAUGACGGGAACCUUUAAUUUCAGGUGAUUAAUAAAGGUGAAAGGUUUUCCACCCAUGUGGUCA